AUGUCAUUAAAAAAAAAGUGUACCUUUAACAAUGAUGAAAGGAAAAACGAAAUUAAUAGGAGUAAUAAUAUAAACGACACAAUUAAAAAAAUCUGUUCAAAUGAAAGUCAGAAUAAAUCUAAGAAUAAAAUUGACAUAAAAAAGGACAAUAAACGCUCUUCCAGUGGUUCAAGGAAUGCAACAGUGAAGGAUAAAUUGAAGUCCAACUUGCGUACGAAUAUGGGGAAAGGCUCAAGUAAUAAGGCAACAGCUGAUGUGGAUACAGAAAGUGAAUUGGAGACAAGCACAGAGGUGAAAAAAAAUGUGAAGGGUAACGCAAUCGGAAAUACAAAGGACGUGAAGGGUAACGUAAAAGGGAAUGCAAAAGAUGUGAAAGGAAACACAAAAGGGAAUACAAAGGACGUGAAAAGAAACACAAAAGGGAAUACAAAGGACGUGAAAAGAAACAUAAAAGAGAAUACAAAAGACGUGAAGAGAAACGUAAAAGAAAGGGAGGCAGAUUAUCCAAAAGGUAGUAGCCAUAGCCCACGGCAAAAGCCAUUAGGAACCUCCCCCCAGAAGAAUUCCACUGUGAAGUUCCCAAACAACAAAAUGAACUAUUCAAAAGAGUUAACAAAUGGAGGAAUAGAAGGAACAGAUCAUUCUGAACAGGCACCUAUGAACAAAAAGAAAUCAGAAAAAAUGAGAAUAAAUAACUAUAAAAAAAAAGUUGUUGAAAUGGGGGAAAAGCGUGCCAAAAGUGCAGAACGUGAAAAAAGUUGUAAAGUGAGAAAUGAGAAAUGUAGGGCAAUCAAUAAAAAAAAUAAUAAAUUGAAGAGUGCAUAUAUUAACGAAAUUCAAUUGAAGAAUAACAUAUAUAUCUGCAAAUUUAAAAAUAAGCUAAAUAAAAUUCAUAAAUACUUUUUCCCUAUAUACAAAUACGGUGAAGCAUCAAUAGCACGAAACAAGGCAGCGUUGCUAAAAGUUCACAUGCACUCAUGUUUGUAUUGUCAAAAUGGAGUUCUUUGCAACUUUGUCGAAAAUUACAUGUUGUAA